GUACUUUAGAAAAUCCCCUAGAAAAAGAACAAAAGCUUCUGAUUCUGCUUCGAGCCUCAGAAGGAAUCUUCUGUGACCGUUUCAAUGGAAUUCAUAUUGAUGCAGGAACAAUUGGUGUUUAUGGGAAAGUUCAGCUUUACAGUGCUUAUUCUAAGAAAUCCUGGACACAUCUUGGAGCUGAUAUUGCCUCAGGAAAUGAGAGAAUUAUAGUAGAAGAUGCAGUGGAUUGGCAGCCCCAUGACAAAAUCAUCCUUAGCUCCUCUUCUUAUGAGCCUCAUGAAGCAGAGGUCCUCACUGUGAAAGACGUCAAGGGUCACCACAUUAGGGUUCAUGAACGUCUCAAACACCGGCAUAUUGGAGGUGCCCACGUCAUAGAAGAUGGUCGACACAUUCGUUUGGCUGCUGAGGUUGGACUGUUGACCCGAAAUAUACGAAUUCAACCUGACACAUCGUGUAAGGGAAGACUACUUGUGGGGUCCUUCAGGAAGUCCAACAGAGAAGAAUUUUCAGGUGUUCUUCAUCUUCUUAAUGUGGAAAUUCAGCAUUUUGGGUCACCACGGUACUCAUCCAUUGAAUUCUCUAAGGUGUCAGCGGAAUCCUGGAUAAUAUCUUCUAGUUUGCACCAAAGCUGUGGAGGGGGCAUUCACGCAUUGGACAGUCAUGGAAUCACUCUAAAGGACAAUAUAGUGUUUGACACAGCUGGCCACGGCAUUGAUUUGGAGGGUGAGGCCUACUCCCUCACUAAUAACCUCGUAGUUCUGAUGACACAGCCAGCGUGGUCUGCCACUUGGGUGGCAGGAAUCAAAGUGAACAGAGCAAUGGAUGUCAUCCUCCAUGGCAAUGUUGCAGCAGGAUCCGAGCGAAUUGGCUUUCACAUACGAGGCCAUGGGUGCUCCUCGAAAGUGCUUUGGUCUGACAAUGUAGCACAUUCAAGCCUUCAUGGUCUUCAUCUCUAUAAGGAAAGUGGGCCUGAUGGCUGUACAGGUGUCUCUGGCUUCCUGUCUUUCAAGAACUUUGACUAUGGUGCCAUGGUACAGGUAGAGAAUAGUGUGGUGAUAGAGAAUGUCACUCUGGUAGACAAUGCUGUUGGUCUUUUGGCUGUCGUGUGUGUGUCCUCUGCUCCACUAAACCCCAUCAAAAACAUGCAGAUUGUGCUUAGGAGUUCAGUCAUUGUGGCCACCAGCUCCUCUUUUGACUGCAUUCAGGACAGAAUGAAGCCUCACUCAGCCAACUUGACAUCAGCAGAUCGAGCACCUUCCAACCCAAAAGGAGGCCGAGCUGGUAUUCUAUGGCCUGUAUUCACUUCAGAACCAAAUCGGUGGCCUCAGGAGCCAUGGCACAAAGUUAGGAAUGGCCGUUUAAUUUCAGGAAUCAUGAAACUUCAAGAUGUCACCUUUUCUAGUUUUGUGAAAAGCUGCUAUAGGGAUGACUUAGAUAUCUGCAUUCUGCCCAGUGCAGAGAGUGCUGGAAUCAUGCACCCAAUACUAGCAGAGAGGACCAGGAUGCUAAAAGUGAAGGACAAGAACAAGUUCUACUUUCCUCCCUUAUACCCCAGGAAAGAUUUAGAAAGAGUGAUCUGCCCUGAAUCAGAUUGUGAAAAUCCAAGAAAAUAUCUCUUCAAGGACCUGGAUGGGAGAGCCCUGGGUUUGCCUCCACCUGUUUCUGUGUUCCCUAAAAUAGAGGCAGAAUGGACUGAGUCCUUCUUCAACACAGAAAAGAAAAAGGACAGAAGUUCCAUUUUAGUUUGGGUCAACCCAGAGGCACACGCUGAUACAAAGCUUAGAAUCCAAGUAGCUUGUGUGUGGGCGGAUCCCAGAAAACACCAACAGGGAAGUGAGACUGGGAAAGAAAUAAAGUCUGUGAAGGAUGGGUUUUCAAGGUUACCACGGUGGAUGCUUGAGUCCAGCUCUGAUGGAACUCUAGGAGACCAUGAACCAAGUGAUCACAACAGAGCCCUGGGGAAUUAUUCAUACAUUGUAUCCCUGCUCACCGUGGGCUGGGAUGUGCUUCAGGCCAACUUUGCAAAAUGCAUGGCCAAAGAGUGUAAAGCAGCUAAUCCCAAGCAGGCGAUCCUCUGA